AUGUCCCACUCCGUGCUCUCCUCCUUCGACCCCCUCGCCACCCACCCGUUCACGAACAACUCGUCGGCCCCAUCAUCCUCACCACCGCGCCCGCCCGAUGCACGCCCGCAGCCGAAGCGCGCCGCGCCCGCGCCGUCGGCCAAGGGCUACGCGCGCCACGGGCAGCCCGCGCCGAAGCCGAUCUUCGUCCCCUUCCGCCCCGACCGGUCCUCGCCCGACCUCGAGGACAUCCUGCUCAAGAAGAAGUUCGCGGACGCGUUCCAGGGCAAGGCGGCGUGGGGCAUCGACCAGGUCGGGCACCCGAUCGCGUCCUCGGGCCGGCAGGGCAAGGCGCAGUGA